AUGCCAAGGGCCAUGCAGAUAAAGCUGACCCCACCCCCUCACCCCAACCCCCAGCCCCUCACUGCUGAGUCUGACAAGAUAGCAUCAUCUCUUCAUAGCCUCCAGAAAUUCGUUCCUACAGAGUAUGCCAGCUAUACACAGGAGCAUUAUCAAUUUGCAGGCAAGAAGAUCAUCAUCCAAGAAUCCAUAGAGAGUUAUGGUGCGGUGGUGUGGCCAGGGGCUACAGCUUUGUGCCAGUAUUUGGAGGAACAUUCAGAAGAAUUAAAUCUUCAAGAUGCUAAAAUACUUGAAAUUGGUGCUGGACCAGGCCUUGUUUCCAUUGUGGCCAGUAUUUUAGGAGCCCAAGUCACAGCUACGGAUUUGCCCGAUGUUCUAGGAAACCUUCAAUACAAUCUUUUAAAAAACACACUGGAAUGCACAGCUCAUCUGCCUGAAGUGAAAGAACUGGUAUGGGGGAAAGACCUGGAUCAGAACUUCCCUAAGUCAACUUUUUAUUACGAUUACAUCCUGGCCUCUGAUGUGGUCUACCACCACUACUUCCUGGACAAGCUGCUCACCACCAUGGUGUACCUUUCCCAGCCGGGCACCGUGGUGCUUUGGGCAAACAAGUUCAGAUUCAGCACCGAUUAUGAAUUUUUAGGUAAAUUCAAGCAAAAUUUUGAUACAACACUCUUGGCUGAAUAUCCAGAGUCAUCAGUCAAACUUUUUAAAGGGAUACUAAAAUGGGACUGACAUGUAAGGAGCCUUUCAAAACAUCAGUGUAU